UAUCUAACCAGUAAGAGGAAUGAGUGAGGCAGAGGUGUCUCGACCGCUGCCAAACGAAUCCCUAGAUUCGAAAUUGAGUGAAUGUGGAGGUCCUGAAGACGAGCACAUAAGAGGUGAUGAUACGGUCACAUCGCCUACAACAAAAGAUGAAAAACAGACGGUAACGGAACAAAUCGAAAACUCGGCCGCAGUGGCUCUCAUCAACGAUACAGAGAUGGCCGUUCAUUCGAAAGGUGUACAUACUGACGUAGAAGAAAAGAUGAUUGUAAGAGAAUCAUCUCUAGCAGAAGAGUCAACAUCUAAAAAUGUCGAACAAGAAGCUUGCUCCUGCUCCAAUCCUAGUGAUGAGACAAAACACGAAGAAGUCGAGCAAGAGGGUAGCACUAAUGUUAACGAAGAGCAAAAAAUUAGACAAGAAGGCAGUUCUAGUGCUAAACUUGAAAGAACCUCAAUGACAAAUGCAUCUACAGCAGAAAAGGAAGAUAACUCAUGCGACGUCGACAUAUCAGAUGCGACUGUCACUGCAGCCAUUCAUGCACCAGAACGUACUUUCAUCACAGACGGAAUCGACUGCAUCGAAGCAGAAAAACAAGCCAUCGAAUCCGUACAAGCUGAUGGCAUCGACUUUGAUCUGCAUGAUACUAGACAGACAUCACACGACGUCAUGACAGAGAAACAGACAUGUAGUACCGCAGAAAAACCCGAAGCAACUACAACACACCAACAGGCUGUGCCAACAUCAUCUCACUGCCUAGAAACCGAGACUACGACGCGGACAGCAGAAGACAGGCACAGCCAAGGUCGAAAUAUGUCUAGGGUAGAUCCGACAGAAAGAAGACACAAAGGACCCAAAAGUCUUCCUACUUUACCUCAACUUGAAGAGUAUUACGGUCAACUAGACAAAGACCAGGACGCAAAUAAAGAUGUCCGUCCUGUUGAGAAGCUAACAAGUACACUGACAAAUGUAAAAAACGUGUUGACAUUCACCCGUACUGAGCUGACAAAGAAAGAAAGUAAAGAAGACAUACUCCGCAAUGAGAUUCAAAUGCUGAACGCAAAGCUAAUGCAAUCUGAGCUGGAAAAAUCACAGCAGAUGAAGGAAACAGAAGCACUUCGUAGCGUACUCGAUGAGCAUGCCAAAGAGAAAGAAAGUCUACAAAUUGACUUGAAAUCAUUUAAAGACAAGAUAUCUGAGAUUACAAGUCACAAAUUACAUCAAAAAUGCAUCAACCUUCACAAGUCAUACUGGAAAUCUGUGUUUUCUGUGUGUCUACAAUGAUCAACUGCUCGAGAGAAUGACAGUAAAAUAAACAAGAUUGUGUCAAGAAACAACCACAUAAACAUAAAUAGUCGUAAACAUAAAUAGUCGUAGGUAUAGAAUCAAGCCCUAUUGGCUUGGGUAGUGUUUAGUUGCUUUGCUUAGAUGGUGUAUAGAUAGUUCAAUGUUUGAAAAUAUAUGUAUUGACAGACAGACAGAGAGACAGACAGAGAGACAGACAGAGAGACAGACAGAGAGACAGACAGACAGACAGACAGACAGAAGAGUCACACAAAAAUAUGGCACAAACUAGUAUUGACACAGCAGCAACUUUACGCUAUUCAACAUC